CAACAACAACAGAAACAAAAACGAGCAAAAACAACAACAACAACAAAAAACAAACAGAGUCUGUUAACAUUCAGCCACUAAAUACUGAUUGCAUACAUGUACAGCCUGAGAGUAUUAUUCGUGUCUAAUCAGUUGAUUUGAAUAAUGCAACAGCCAGGAAAACAAGCGAAUUGAUGUAAGGGGGUAUGUAUGCUAGGAAGACUAAUCCAAACUUAACACCCGUAAAACACCUAGAAUGUUUAUGUUUAUCUUAGUUGCUGUGAGGAGACUAGCCUUCCUAGACACAGAAGGUUUUGACAGAUUUGGGAAUAAUGAAUUGUUCGCCCCUCUGAUUAAAUGGGAAACUUUCAAGGAACAAGUUGUUGCCAUAAGAGACUACGCCAGAUCGUACGAGAAUGCCUACAAUGGGAUACAGGCAUCGGUGGAGCGGCAGGAUGGUAUAAAACAGAUAACAAGCACCCUUGGACAGACAGCAAAGGCUCAAGUUGAUAGUGAGAGGACAAGGCUCGUAGAAGCAAGAAGAAUAGCAAUAAGCGAGAAAGGGAUUUAUGUCGCAAGUAUUAGAGAAUUAGAAGUAAGCAUGAACAGCUCGUUAGCAGAAAUACUUGUUCAGCUACCCGAUGUUUACCAAGCAGCCCAGUUCAACCGAGAGGACCUCUUUGCUAUACUCGAGGGUUUGUCUGGAUUCUCAAGUGGCGUUGUGGGAAGACAUCCACUUGCGUCACUAGGCGCUGCUAUAGGGGUUAUUGGCCGAUUUGCUUCAAGGUGCAACGUUGGUACUCUCCAGGAAAACGUUAACAAAACGAUUAAGUGGUUGACAUUUGGUCAACAGUACGCCGCUCUGGAGGAUUCUAGUGACCUAGAUUUUGACCAGUUGGACGUUGGUUCUGUACCAGAGGUGAUGAAGGCUAACUUGGAAUUUAACAAGGAAGGACUUGCAGCGGACCUAGUUUGCUUGUUGAAGGAGAGGUCGCUGCCUCGAAACAGGGCAAAGUUCCAAGAACAGAUUGAGCGAUUCUUUAUUGCUGGUGCUGCAAGGAUUGAUCUCAUUGCCAAGGUCAUUGACUUGGACAAUGCUAUUGGUGGAUACAACUUUGAUAUCCCUAACUUGGAAGAGACGUCAAAUACGUCACAGAGCCUUAGCCAAACUGGUGAAUCGCCUAUUGCCGACAGCAUACAGCAGACGUUUCUAGAUGACCUCCUGAGUUCUUAUGGAGUAAUAGAAACCAGCUUCACCAAGCAUCUCUAUCACUUAUACAAAGGAUUUGAGUUCCGCUCUCUGUGGGAUGUUAGUACUAAUUUGGUCCACUUUGAGCGAACUGCAAGUGAAGCAGCGCCAGGCACCGGAAUGUUACAGGGAGCUCUUCAGCUAAACAUGGCUCUAGAAAAAGUCGACAGUCUUACAAAUAAAGGAAGACAAUGCUUUACCAGAUUUCGGCACACCACUAAUACACACAAGUGGUCUUUUAACAAUGUCAGUCAUGCGGCGGUAAGUAGAAGUUCUGUACCCAUUCCUACAUAUGAAACUGUACGUUUGUUAUCGUUUUUGAUUUUGUUCGCGGGUCUUUACACACACAAUCAGGUUCUUUAAUGAAAAUUUUCGAAAUCGGCUACAUUUUACCAUGGUCUAUACUAUUUUAGACAGAAAAGAUUUGAAAAAAAAUAAUUGAAACUCAAGCAACUGAAAUCUCGUAGGUGACUGGUUAAAGAGCAGAGGUACGGCCCUUACGUCAUUAUUUUUAUGCCGGUAGACAUGUAUAACGGUCUAUACUGUGUUUUGGUUUCUUUUUGCUGUUCUUGCUUGUCUUGCCGAGAAUUCGCUGGCGUAUUACAGGUAAAAUGUAAAAUGCUCGUGCGUAAGAUUAGUCAUCAUGAGGUCAUAAGAAUAUAUGUCUUAACCCGGAGCCGACGAAUUUCUCGAACAUCUGGCUAAAAUUGGCAUUUCACAAUCUCUAGAAUUCUCGGUUUAUUUGAAGAGUCAUGACAAUUUCUCGUGUUCGUGAACGUUGUUCUUGGGCUGCGCCUACGGAUUACGUCGGGGCGCGUAGUCGACCACGACAGCUGACCAAUGAGCGUACCAAGUUAUCUCAGUUAUCGUAAUGUUUACUACCUGUUGUUAAAGACUUCAUGUCAUAU